AUGCCAGAAAACGAUCGCGAGCAAACUGCUCGUCCACCCUCAGUCGGCAUCGUAGGAGCCGGCCUUGCUGGUCUACGAUGCGCCGAUGUCUUGCUCCAACACGGCUGCAAAGUCACCAUCUUCGAAGCCAGAGAUCGAAUCGGCGGAAGGGUCGCUCAGAGCAGACAUCUCGGUCAUCUGGUUGAUCUAGGACCGAAUUGGAUCCAUGGAACCAAAGAGAAUCCGAUCUAUACGAUUGCGAAGACGACAGGGACAGAGAUACGCGGCUGGGACGAGGAGGAGGCACUAUUUGAUCCUGAAGGCAACUUGAUCGAUGCGAAGGAGGCUGAAGAGUAUGCGGGCCUGCUCUGGGACGAAGGCUUGAUUGCGGAAGCCUUCAAGUACAGUAAAGAGUUUCAGGAUUCGAUUGAUCCGAACAGGAGCUUCUACGACUUCCUUGUUGAGAAGGUGGAAGGUCUGUUUAGUGAUGAGGAUAUCCGUGAUGCUGAUCGUAAGAGGAAGACUCUGCUUCGAGUGGCGAGGAUGUGGGGGGCUUAUGUUGGCAGUCCAGUUGAGAGGCAGAGUCUGAGGUGCCUUUGGUUGGAGGAGGUCAUUGAAUGCGAGAACUUGUUCGUCGCUGAGACUUACCACAAGAUCUUGAAUGAGGUGGCGAAGGGUGCUGUUGCGGGCGCUGAGCUCAGGCUGAACAGUAAGGUGAUACGCAUCUCUUCGCACGAGAACCAGGGAGGGGGCACAGCCAGCCUAUACACUGAAGACGGCCGCUUCGACUUCGACGAAGUGGUGGUGACGGCUCCUCUUGGAUGGUUGAAGCGGAACCAGCAGGCCUUCGAUCCUUCUCUGCCGCCACGGCUAUCGCAAGCAAUCGACAACAUCGGAUACGGCACGUUGGACAAAGUAUACAUCACCUUCCCAAGUGCCUUCUGGGACGUACCGCUGCCGGAAAGACGAUCAGCUCAUCAUAGCAUCGAUCCGCAUGGCACGACACCGAACGUGACAGCUAUCACAGCACCGGUGCACCAGCCACCUGACGGCAAAGAAAGCAAGCAUUAUGCCGGCUUCACACACUGGAUGGCGCCGGCUUAUGCAUCAGAUACGAAUGCUCAAGGCUGGGAUCAGGAAGGCAUGAACCUUGCGGCACUGCCUGAGAGCUGUGCCCAUCCGACAUUGCUUUUCUACGUCUAUGGCGACUGCGCUGUGUACAUUGCCGAGAUCGUUGCAAAAGCGCAAAGUGAUGCUGAAAGGGACGAGAAGUUGCUGCAGUUCUUCAAACCAUACUUCUCUCUUCUCCCCAACUUCGAUCCAGCAAAUCCAGAUUGCGAGCCGACAGCUGUCCUCGCCACUGCCUGGGCGAACGAUGAAUUUGCCGGCUACUGUAGCUAUUCGAACUUCCAGAUCGGGCUCGAAGAUGGUGCGAGAGAUAUCGAGACCAUGCGGUAUGGCAUGCCGGAGAGGCAUAUUUGGUUCGCCGGCGAACAUACCGCGCCGUUUGACUCUUCUGGCACCACUACUGGUGCGUACGUGAGUGGCGAGGCGGCUGCGAAAAGGAUAGCGCGGGCGAGCGGGUGUGUAAUCAAUGGGACAGGAGACAGGAGGACGAAUGAAGCGUAG